AUGGAAACAAAUGCCCCACAACAGCCUGUCGGCGCACAGGCGGCCACCAACCCGGAUGAAGACGAAGCUUCAAAGAUCAAAAGGACGCAGAUCGCGUGCUUGAAUUGUAGGAAGAGGAAGAGUCGGUGUUUGUUAGAUUCAAACAACUCUAUUCCGUGCCUUCGAUGUAAGCGCGACAACCUCGAAUGCGUGUUAGGCGGUAGCAAUCGCGGCGGACGACGGGAGCGAAAAAAGAAACGCGUCGACGAAUCGCAACCACAGCAGCAAUCUGAGUCGCAGCCAGAAGCGCAACCGCAGCAGCCAUUGCCGACGCUCCCGGCGAAUGCGCCAGAAAGAAGCUUCCAUACUCUGGGCAAUCUUGGUACUACAUGGUCGCAAGACACUGUUGAACCGCAAUACGGGGAAGAACUUCAGGCCGCUCAGUCAGACUCGUCAAAUACAGACGAACUUCCUUUCUCGAAUCUCCAGAAUCCAUCUGAUGCCCUAGGCAUACUAGCCAGAGUUGCUGGGGAAUCAAGCUCGAACGAAGAGAACAAUGGAAACGGCAACGGCAUUCCGCACGCCAGAGGAUCAUCUCUCAGCAUGCCGGCUCCACCAAUUUCCUUCUCCUAUCCGUUGCUAGACCGGGGUAUCCUUACCGUCCAUUCACUUUCCCAGCUGCUUGUCCGCUUUCAACAGCAGUACCAUCCCUUUUACCCUCUUGCUCCGGCCCAUGCUUUUGAGACGUCUCGUCUCUCAGAUCUGGUGACUAAAGAGCAGCAUCUCCUUACUGCCAUCCUCUUAAUCGCCUCCAAAGAUCUCGUCGACGAGCCGCACAUAUACGAAGCAUGUUCCGAGCACAUGAAGAAUCUAGUUUCUGCACUCGCUGCAGGAGGCGAUGCUGGUAUUGAAGCAGUAGAGGCUCUCCUGCUACUAGCCGAAUGGGCGCCAUAUACCCAACGCGGUUCUGGGAAAGUUGGCAAAGGCGAAGAAGACAAGGAAAGCUGGAUGCAUGUUGGCCUUGCUCUGAGAAUUGCAUACUUUCUCGCGCUGGAUCGGUACUCGUUCCGUUUCGUGGACCAAUACAAGGAUGAGGAUCACCAUCGCAAGCGCCUCAUAUGGACAGCAGCAUAUGUUUCUGAUCGCCAUAUCAGUAUUAGGAUCGGAAAAGCGUUCUGGUCUCGUGGUCCCGGACCUUUGACGACUUUGCGAAGAGAGGAUUACCCCUCACUGAUCCCUAAGAAUCCCAAUGAAGAAGACCACGCCUCCAUCUUUCAAGCCAACCUGGAGCUUACACAGCUCUUCAGCAAUGUGCAUGAUACGCUGUACUCGAAUCCUAGUUCAAGUUUCCGCUCACAAAUGAGCGGCAGCUACAUCAAGUUUAUUGACGAUUUCCGAUCAGCCAUGUACGGCUGGAAGAGCGUGUGGGGCACCUUAACAUGCUCACCACCUCUCAAAGCAUGUCUACUGAUGUCGUACGAUUAUCUGCGUUUGUACACCAACGCGUUUGCUUUUCAAGCUACUGUCCUUCGAGCCCUGCCCUCAACAUCAGCAUCUACAGACUCCCCAGCUGGUGCUCCAGCCAAUACCGACAUAGGCCGUAUGCAAGCGCCCCAGCGCGUUUUCGUUAACAAUGUAGGAGCUGUGGGCGAUGCACGCUUCAUUUAUGAAGGUCUUGAUUCUGCAAAGGCCAUUCUCACUACAGUCAACAACUUUGUAGAUCCUGAGCGCUCAUUGCGGUUCAUGCCACUUCGAUACUAUCUCUACCUGGUUUAUGCAGGCGUCUUCCUCUAUCGCGCUCGCUGUACUGGUGUCAUCAGCGCAGACGAGGAUCGUGCCAUCCGCGCCAUGAUCAACGAAACGGUAGCUCGUCUCCAACGCAGUGCCGUUGGGUCCGGAAGCGGUAUCCAGCACCCAGGUUCUCGUUAUUCUCAGCUUCUCAAACUGCUCUGGGCCAAGGUACCGAAGAAGGAUAAAGCAAAUCGUUCAGCAUUCCAUCAUCCUGGUACACAUAUUGCCAGCACACCAGUAGAUCAGAAUGGCUUCCCACAACAUCCGGUCUUAGGUAAUCAAACUAGUCCACAAGCCAGUAGUAAUGGCACAGGUGGAAGUCCAGCAAUUACAGAGCAGAUGGGUGAUUUUGGAUGGACAGACUUGAGUGCUGUCAAUGAAUUCGCUGUACAUGGCGGCGGAAACAAUACGGCGGCUGAUGAUGCUGCGCUUUGGAAUGGAUUUCUCCCUCUUGAUAUGGGAUGGAAUGCUCAAGGAUUCGGAAUCGACGGAAUAGUCGACUCUAAUGAGCUAGGCAUGCUGUUCUAA